UCGGCGGUGAAGAAGACAUGGCGGACGGGGCUGUCCUUGGCGGUGCCUGAAUCGGGAUGGAGCCUCCCCGCAGCUUCCCCUUCCUGGAGGACAGCUUCACCCGCUUCUCCUCCCAAAGCAACGUCUACGGGCUGGCGGCCUUGCCCGGGGCGGCUCACGGGGGCGGGCGAGGACAAGAGGCGGGGGCGGAGGAUGCCGGGGCAGAGCUCUUCUCCCAAUGGGGACCAGACCUUUCAGCGGGGCUGGGGGCGCCAGGCCAGGCGGGGGGCCCUGGGGAAGGCCCUGGGGGGCUCCUGGCGGCCACCCUCAAAGGGAAAGUGAUUUAUUUCCGCUACCAAGACAUGAAGCGGAACCUGCGGCCGGUGGCCAGGGAGGUGCAGUUCACCUACAUCCCAGUUGAUGCUGAAAUUGUUUCUAUUGACACUUUCAACAAACCGUCUCCCAAAAGAGGCCUUGUCGUGGGAAUCACCUUCAUUAAGGAUUCUGGAGACAAAGCCAGCCCUUUCCUUAAUAUUUAUUGUGACUAUGAGCCCGGUUCUGAAUAUAAUCUGGAUUCCAUUGCACAAAGCUGCUUGAACCUGGAAUUGCAGUUCACACCUUUCCAGCUGUACCAUGCAGAAGUCCAGGUUGCUGAUCGGCCCGAGACCGUCUUCCUCCUGAGUGGAAACGAUCCCGCCAUUCAUCUUUACAAAGAGAAUGAAGAGCUCCAUCAGUUCGAGGAGCAGCCGGUGGAGAAUCUCUUUCCGGAGCUUAAGGAGCUGCCAAGCAACGUCCUGUGGCUCGAUGUCUACAACAUUCCCCAUUCGGGGCAACGGAUCACAGCUUUUGGCUGCCAGAGCGGAUACAUCCGAGUCGCUCAGGUUGAACCAGCCGAGCGAGUGGUGCUGCAAAGCUGGAGCAUCCAACAGGACGGUCCCAUCUCCAAGGUCCUGGUUUUUGCUCUCCCAAGCAUCGGCCAGCCAGGUGACCCAUCUGGGAUCGUGUCUACGAAAGGCACUGCCAAUCCUAACCCUCAAAGCUACAGCGUCCUCGUAACCAGCACCCUCGAACUCUCGGUCGUCUACCGGAAUGUGCUGCACAGUGGUCUGGAGGACCAGUUGGUCUUGCCCCUAAGUGACCAGUACGACAGCGUGCUCUGUGCCCUGGUGACAGAUGUCGACUUCGACAGCGAGCCGGAGAUCCUGCUGGGCACCUACGGGCAGGAGCUUUUAUGCUACAAAUACCGGGCUGAAAACACCUGCGUGGCGACCACAGCGAGACGCCCCUCUUCCCAGCAGCCUCGCGGGGACUUCCAGCUCCUCUGGCAGCGCACUUUCCCCAGCCCUUUGUUGUCCAUGGACUACGUAGACCUGACCUGCGACGGACUCUGCGAACUGGCUGUGGUGUGUCUGAAGGGGCUGCACAUACUCCAGCACAGCCUGACCGACGUCGUCCAGUGCCUUCUAGGGCGGCUCCGGGUGGAAGCGGCAAACCGGGCUCCCCAACCGAACGUUUCCGUGCAGGAGCAAGAUUCCGGAGUUGAGGACACGGAGGGCCAAGGACCGAGAACGUGAGGUGCCGGGCUGUGCCUUCCCUUCCCCCCUGCUCUUUUCAUCCCCGAGAAAAGAGGAAUGGACUCGGGAGGGGAGCCUCCGCCAAAGGGGACUCCCUUCUGCGGGGCCCCGGAAAGAGCGUGGGAAUUUCACGGAGGCGGCCGCGAAGGCGGCGAGAAGACCGAUCCCUUCCCGGGAUGCUUUCACCGGCAUAACUGCGGCCGACCCGAAACGAUGCGCCACAAAGCACAGGAAGUGCUCUGUGGCCAGCAAACUUUAGUAACUUUACUUGUCUCUGGGCCUCCAGGUGGGGGCGCUACUCCGAAUGACCCAGACUGUCAUAAAUAGAAAAUAAAUCUUUGUACAGACAGUCCUUUCACUUAA